AUGUCCAUCUUCACCCCCACAAACCAGAUCCGCCUGACCAAUGUGGCGGUGGUACGGAUGAAGCGAGCCGGGAAGCGCUUCGAAAUUGCCUGCUACAAAAACAAGGUCGUGGGCUGGCGGAACGGCGUGGAAAAAGACCUUGAUGAAGUGCUACAGACCCACUCAGUGUUUGUAAAUGUCUCCAAAGGUCAGGUUGCAAAGAAGGAAGAUCUCAUCAGUGCGUUUGGAACAGAUGACCAGACUGAAAUCUGUAAGCAGAUUUUGACUAAAGGAGAGGUUCAAGUGUCAGAUAAGGAACGGCACACGCAGCUGGAGCAGAUGUUUAGGGACAUUGCAACUAUUGUGGCCGACAAAUGUGUGAACCCUGAAACAAAGAGACCAUACACCGUUAUCCUUAUUGAGAGAGCCAUGAAGGACAUCCACUAUUCAGUCAAACCCAACAAGAGCACGAAACAGCAGGCUUUGGAAGUGAUAAAGCAGUUAAAAGAGAAAAUGAAGAUAGAACGCGCUCACAUGAGACUUCGGUUCAUCCUUCCAGUAAAUGAAGAGAAGAAGCUGAAAGAAAAACUCAAGCCACUGAUCAAGGUUAUCGAAAGUGAAGACUACAGUCAACAGUUAGAAAUUGUGUGUCUCAUUGACCCCGGCUGCUUCAGAGAAAUCGAUGAGCUCAUAAAAAAGGAGACAAAGGGCAAGGACUCCUUGGAAGUACUCAACUUGAAAGACGUGGAAGAAGGAGACGAGAAAUUUGAGUGA